AUGGACAUUGCAGACAGUGUACAGCAGUGUUUGACAGCCUUUACGCAGCUGACCGACACCUUACAAGACGGCGAUGUCUUUGAGCAGCUUCUCAAAGAGCAUGGCCGAUUCAAAAUCUGGAUGGGCAAUCUCUCUGCGCAGAGGGCGUCCGGCACUCGCUCGCUAGAAUAUCGUCUGCGUGACUCGCAGAAUCUCAAGAAGAGAGUGUUGAGCCUCCUGGAAGACCUCAGUGAAGAGUUGCGACGAUUCGGGCAAGACGAGAGUUUCAGUUCUCCCGAAGAUUCAGCGGAUGACAGCGGCAGCGACGGCGACAGCCUGGAACUUCCUGACGACCAGCUCUUACUCCCAGCCAAUGACCCGUUACGGGACAUUCGUGAUAUUGUCGAUCUGCUGUAUCGGUUCGCGUUGACACUUCGCAACCCGGCAGGUCACUCUCGUAUUCGCGAUGCCUUUUCCAGCUCCGCUGUUGGAUAUCACCCAUAUGAUGUGCGUCAUCUGGAGAGCAAGUAUCCUGCUGCGGAGUCAUGGCUCUUAGAACGGCUGGCGCGGGCAAUGUCCGUGUGGCGCCAGUAUAUCAGAUAUCGUGAGGAUCAUUACGAUAAGAAAGCAGCCGACCCCGACGAACAGGAUGGGACGACCACGCUAGCUACCUCCAUCCCAGGACAAUGGAGCUACAUCAAUGCUACUGGCAGAGGCCAAUCUCCUUCCAAGACCAAGUCGAUAUACAGUGAGACUUCCUACGCCACUACAACGUCAGGAGUCGCACAGCUUCGGCCUCCACGUAUGCCCGCGGCAGGGACCGAUGGAAAUCCAUUCCAGUGCGAGAUAUGCUGUAGCAUAGUCUCUGUUGACAACGAGAAAUCUUGGAGAGCGCAUGUCUUUGAAGACGUGCCUCCUUACGUAUGCUUGCAGAAAUCAUGCGCCACAGGCAACACUCUGUUCUCUCGACGGAGAGAUUGCCAUAGGCAUACAAUGAAGACUCAUCAUCAGCUCUGGGCAUGUCCGCUCGGCUGCAAGCUGGACUUCAAAGAACGAGAAUCGCUGAUGGAACACAUCUCGUUUGCGCACAACCGUGACUACGAGCCGGAGGACUUGCAUGGCUUACUAGAAAGCUGCGCAAAGUCAGAUGAGACGACGUUCGACUUGCAGUGUCCACUAUGUAAAGAAGCCUCUUGGUCACCACAGCUUUGGUUCAAGCACGUGGGUCAUCACUUGGAAGAGCUUGCAUGCUACACUUUACCCGCGAGAGUUUAUAGCGAUGAGGCUGAGAUGGAUGUUGGGUCGGAAGAGGAAUCGCAGCCCAGUCUUGAGGGUGAAAUGUCAGAGCAGCGUUCAGCAAGGCGAGACAGCCCGCCACAUAGUCAAGGUCUUCAGGAGGCUCUCAGUGGACAUCAACCCGUACUCAAACAGGCUGCGCCGCCUGUCCUAGACGGAGAUGAGGACUAUCGUCGUCGCAUGGAUCAGCUCCGAAUUGGAAUGGAACCAUCCGGACAUCAUGACUCAGUCGUUCACUUCGACCGAGAAAGGCGUCGAAGAGAGCAGUAUCAAGACGAACGAUCAAUGCGGAGCGAUGAUACGACACACAUGGUUCACGACUCGGGAGAAGCGCUCCACUCGGUCCCACUACCGACCAUCGUUAUACAACCUCACACGCCAAGAAGUCGCGUGCACGUUGAUUAUGACAAUUAUGGUGGUCGCCCGCGCCGUGAUAAUGAAGCAAAUCACGAGAGACAAGAGAGCAGAAAGCCGAAGGGCAUUCUCAAAAAGCCAACUGCGAAGUUCAGUGAAGAUUAG